AUGUUGGCUCUAACGAGUGCGACUGGAAAGCUAGGCAGCGCAGUCCUCAACGCUAUCCUCGAGCAUAACCUUAUUGACCCAAAGGACCUCGUCGUUUGCACCUCCACCACCCCCUCCUCCCCCCGCCUCUCCCACCUGCACACCCACUCCCUCAACAUCCGCCACGCAGACUACUCAGACCCGGCUUCCCUCCGCACCGCAUACACAGGAUGCACGCGCCUCUUCCUCGUUUCCACACCCGCAAUCGCCAUGGACUACAACGACGCGCCGCUCUGGUCGGGCCGCGAGGCGCACCACCGCGCCGCCAUUGACGCCGCCGUCGCCGUAGGCGUUGGGCAUAUUUACUACACUUCGCUAGCGUUUUCGCGGCCCUCGCGGGCAGGUGUCAUGCGCGCGCAUAUUCGCACCGAAGAGUAUCUUGAAGAGCUUCAGCGCAGGGGAGUGGUGGAGUACACGGUGAUUAGACAAGGGUUGUAUAAUGAGAGUUGGCCGUUGUAUUUUGGGUAUUACUUUGGUCUGAGGGGGGAGGAGAGGACGGAAGUGCUGGUUGCGGGGGAUGGACGGGUGAGUUGGACGGCGAUUGCGGAUUUGGGGUUUGCGACUGCGAAGGUGCUUGCGGAUAGACCGGGCAUGUGGGUGGGUAAGACGGUUUAUCUCAGUCAGAAGGAGACGAGGUCUUUGGCGGAGAUUGCGGGGUUGGUGGGGGAGAUUAGGGGGGAAGAGGUGAGGGUGAGGGUUGUGGGGAGGAAGGAGUACGAGGAUUAUUAUGUGGAGAGGAUGGGGAUGGAGAGGGCGGCGGUCGAGUGGUGGAGUAGCACGUAUGAAGCGCUGGAGCAAGGCGAGUGUGCGAUUGAGGAUGCGACGCUUGAGGGGAUCUUGAGCGAGGCGGGGAGGACACCAGUGUCGGUUGAAGUUACGAUUCGAGAGAUGAUGAAGUGA